CUAGUGCACUACAUGACCAAGUGUGUGUGUGUGUGCCCUUCCCCCACCAGAACAGGAAGAGAAUGUAAAACUCAGCAGCUGGAUUUUGUGUCGAGGUGAAAAUAAACUUUUUAGGACUAAAACAAGAAGGAUGGAGGGAAAGAGAUCAGACUCACCAGAACCCAGCUCGGUGUCCAUGAAGAGUCAAUGGACAAAGGACCAUUCAGUAUACUUCAGAGACAGUUCUGCUGAUCUGAGAAUGAUGGAGGGAAAGAGAUCAGACUCACCAGAACCCAGCUGUGUGUCCAUGAAGAGUGAGAUGUCGGUGGGACGUCCAGCUGCCUUCAGAGCCCGAGACGGUUCUGCUGAUGUGAGACCACAAAAGAAGAAAUCAAACAUCAGCAGAAGUCAACUGGAGUCCAUAUUCAAGGAGCUGGAACACAAAGUCAUCGCUGUGAUACAGAAGGAGCUGAAAAGGUUUAAGAAGCUCCUGAGUCCAGAUUCCCCAGCAUGCUCUGAGAGGGAGGUGGAGGAUGAGGAGGAUCAGAGCAGCAUCAGAGAGGGAGUGCUGAAGAUCACACUGCACUUCCUGAAGAACAUGAACCACACAGAUCUCGCUCACACACUGCAGAACAAGUCUGCAGUCUCUGUGUGUCAGCAAAAGCUGAAAUCCCACCUGAGAGAGAAGUUCAAAAGAAUUAAUGAAGGAAUCUCACAGCAUGGAAGCUCAGCUCUUCUGAAUGAGAUCUACACAGAGCUCUACAUCACAGAGGGUUGGAGUGGAGACGUCAAUAAAGAACAUGAGGUGAGACAGAUUGAGACAGCGUCCAGGAGACCAGCAACACAGGAGACACCCAUCAAAUGUAAUGAUCUCUUUAAAGACACGUCCAUCAGAAGUGUGCUGACUAAAGGAGUUGCUGGAAUUGGAAAAACAGUCUCUGUGCAGAAGUUCAUUCUGGACUGGACUGAAGGAAAAGCGAAUCAGGACGUCACCUUCAUGUUCCCACUUCCCUUUCGAGAGCUGAAUCUGAUGAAGCAGGAAAUUCUCAGUCUGAUGAAUCUCCUUCAUCACUUUUUCCCAGAAAUGAGAGAACUAGGAUUAAUAGACUGUAACAUCUCCAAAGUCCUGUUGAUCUUUGAUGGUCUGGAUGAGUGUCGACUUCCUCUAAAUUUCCAGAACAGCAAGAGAUUGUGUGAUGUGACAGAGUCGGCCUCAGUGGAUGUGCUGCUGACAAACCUUAUCAAGGGGAAUCUGCUUCCCUCUGCUCUCCUCUGGAUAACCUCACGGCCAGCAGCAGCCAAUCAGGUCCCUCCUGAGUGUGUAGACCAGGUAACAGAGGUACGAGGGUUCAGUGAUCCUCAGAAAGAGGAGUACUUCAGGAAGAGGAUCAGUGAUCAGAGCCUGGCCAAUAAAAUCAUCACACACAUGAAAUUCUCAAGAAGCCUCUACAUCAUGUGUCACAUCCCAGUCUUCUGCUGGAUCUCAGCCACUGUUCUUGAGAGAAUGUUGGGUGAAGCAGAGAGUGGAGAGAUCCCCAAGACUCUGACUCAAAUGUUCUCACACUUCCUGAUCUUUCAGAUCAAACACAAGGAGCAAAAGUACCAUCAGAAAUGUGAGCCUGAUCCUCAGCAGACCAGAGAGAGUAUCCUGGCACUGGGAAAACUGGCUUUCCAACAGCUGGAGAAAGGAAACCUGAUCUUCUAUGAGGAAGACCUGAGAGAGUGCGGCAUUGAUGUGAGAGAAGUGUCAGUGUACUCAGGAGUGUGUACCCAAAUCUUCAGAGAGGAGUUUGGGCUUCACCUGGGGAAGGUCUUCAGCUUUGUACAUCUGAGUGUUCAGGAGUUUCUGGCUGCUUUAUACACAUUUCUCUGCUUUAUUUUUACAAAGACAAAUGUGCUCGGGAAUCAACCUCCUGGACUUUUUAAUUUCUUCAGAAAGUCAAACAUGUCUGAUUUCCUCAGGAGUGCAGUGGACAAGGCCUUACAGAGUGAGAAUGGACACCUGGACCUGUUCCUCCGCUUCCUUCUGGGUCUCUCACUGGAAUCCAAUCAGACUCUCUUACGAGGCUUGAUGCCCCAGACAGGAAGUAGCUCUCACAGCAAACAGGAAACAGUCGAAUACAUCAAGAAGAAGAUCAGGGAGAAUCCAUCUCCAGAGAAAUCCAUCAAUCUGUUCCACUGUCUGAAUGAACUGAAUGAUCAUUCUCUCGUGCAGGAAGUACAACGCUACCUGAACAGAAGAGAUUCCUGGUGUCUCAGUGGAACCAGACUCUCUCCUGCUCAGUGGUCAGCUCUGGUGUUUGUGUUACUGAACUCAGAACAGGAGCUGGAUGAAUUUAAUUUGAGUAAAUAUGACCCAUCAGAGGAAUGUCUUCUGAAGCUGAUUCCAGUGGUCAAAGCCUCCAGAAGAGCUGAGCUGUGUGGGUGUGAUCUGACAGAGGAAAGCUGUAGAGUUCUGUCCUCAGUUCUCAGCUCAAACUCCUCCAGUCUGAGAGAACUGAACCUGAGGGACAAUAACCUGCAGGAUUCAGGAGUGAAGCUGCUCUCUGCUGGACUGGAGAAUCCACACUGUACACUGGAGAUACUGAGUCUGUAUCGGUGUCAACUGACAGAGGAAAGCUGUAGAGUUCUGUCCUCAGUUCUCAGCUCAAACUCCUCCAGACUGAGAGAACUGAACCUGAGGGGCAAUAACCUGCAGGAUUCAGGAGUGAAGCUGCUCUCUGCUGGACUGGAGAAUCCACACUGUACACUGGAGAUACUGAGUCUGUGUUGGUGUAAUCUGACAGAGGAAAGCUGUAGAGUUCUGUCCUCAGUUCUCAGCUCAAACUCCUCCAGACUGAGAGAACUGGACCUGAGUUUCAAUAACCUGCAGUAUUCAGGAGUGAAGCUGCUCUCUGCUGGACUGGAGAAUCCACACUGUACACUGGAGAAACUGAGUCUGCGUCGGUGUAAACUGACAGAGGAAAGCUGUAGAGUUCUGUCCUCAGUUCUCAGCUCAAACUCCUCCAGACUGAGAGAACUGGACCUGAGUAACAAUAACCUGCAGGAUUCAGGAGUGAAGCUGCUCUCUGCUGGACUGGAGAAUCCACACUGUACACUGGAGACACUACAUCUGUGUGGGUGUAAUCUGACAGAGGAAAGCUGUAGAGUUCUGUCCUCAGUUCUCAGCUCAAACUCCUCCAGACUGAGAGAACUGAACCUGAGUGCCAAUAACCUGCAGGAUUCAGGAGUGAAGCUGCUCUCUGCUGGACUGGAGAAUCCACACUGUACACUGGAGACACUGAGGUUGUCGAACUGCAGGAUUACAGGUGAAGGUUUUGCUGCUCUGGUUUCAGCUCUGAGGUCAAAUCCCUCAUCACACCUGAGAGAACUGGAUCUGAACUGGAAUAAUCCAGGAGAAUCAGGAGUGAAGCUGCUCUCUGAUCUACUGAAGGAUCCACACUGUACACUGGAGACACUACAUCUGACAGAACUGAAUCUCAGUGGAAAUAACCUGCAGGAUUCAGGAGUGAAGCUGCUCUCUGCUGGUCUGGAGAAUCCACACUGUACACUGGAGAAACUGAGGUGUCCAGAUGAAGAAGAGCUUCAGGAUUCUGAUGAACAACCCAGACACCAGAAAACCAACAAACAGCAUGAACAAAACCAGAAGUUGCAGCAGGAGAACAGAGAGCAGAAGCAUUCAGUCAUCACAGAGGUAUUCAUCCCUGAAUUAGUGAAACACGGUGAUGACGGCGGUGCAUACAGAUUUCGUUGCUCUCGUGCUGGUCAGUUUCACUGUAAAUUGACCAACCUUGGCUUUGAGAUGAAAGAGAAUGGGGAAGUGCUGUACACAGUCGUGUCCUGGGAUAACGGUCAGUUGCAGGGCCUGGGCCAAUUCCAGCCUGCAGGACCCCUGUACAACAUCAACUGCUCUGAAGGUUCAAUUCUUUAUCUGCAUUUCCCACACUGCGAGAUACAAACAGAUCACAAUCAGAUUGAACUGGCUGUGGCACAUUUCAUUGAGGGUAAUGUGGAGAUCAUUCAGCCCCUGGAAAUAACAAACACACACGUGAUCUUGGAAGUCCAAGGUCUCUCCUUGUUUGGCCUGAUUAUAAAAAGGAUCUUUGGGGAAAACCCCAUCAGUGCCCAAGUCCUUCUCUUCUACAAUGAAAAGACUGGAAAGAAGGAAAGGAGGAGAGAACUAAACAUUCACUUGUUGCCAGGAAACGUGCCAGUUGAAGAGGUGCAGAAACGACACAACUACAGCACAUACAUUCCUUUCACCUCCGGAUGUGAACUGACACCUGGUAAAAAAUACAGGCCACUCUGUGAACCUCAUAAAUCCGAGCCAGAGGUUGAGAAAUUUCUCUGUGACUAUGGACCCAACUAUCACAUCACAUUUGCGGUGAUCCUUACGACGGAAGUUGAAGUCCUCACAUUAGGUCUUUCAAAUGAAAUUGGUGAGGAGGUGUGGAAGCCUCGUCAGGUCUUUCUUCCAGUGAAUAGUCGAGAAGCAGCUCCAGUUGUAAUGGAUGAAGGUGUUGAAUUUGUCGAUAAAUACAGAGACACGCUCAUACAGAGAGUUGCAUCAGUACUGGAAAUAGCAGACGCUCUACUCACCAAGAAAAUAAUCAACAGUGAAAUGUACAGUGUUAUCAUCGAGGCAACAACACCACAGAAGAAAAUGAGGAAAUUGUACAGAUUUCUCGACUCAGGAGGAAGAGCUGCCAAAGCAGAAUUCUAUAAAGUCCUGAAGGAGAAGGAGCUUCUUGUAGUGAAUGACCUGGAGUCAGGAUUCGAAUAAUGCAACACGGUCACGAUAAAAAUUAGUACUUAAUGUGUCAGGUUUUUAAAACUCAAUAAUAGCCAUUGUAAUGUCGUCACUUUGAUGAAUAAUUUUAUUAUCCAAUGGCAGACUGCAGUAAAACAAACAAAAAAAUUAAAACGUUCCUGUGGUCAGGAACUUACUGUUCAUGAACCAUGAUGUUUUGAAGGCCGUCCACAAGCGACGCCUCCUCGUUAUUUGUAAUCUGUAAAUAUCUCCAAUGAAAUGGGAGUGAUAGAAAUAUGUUUGGUGUGCUUAAAACUGGUCCAGGCAGAAUCUCCUGGUUGAUAGAGGUCGACAUUCCUCGAUCAUACUUUGUCAAUUCAACCUCCUUCAGUACAGACAGAUCAAAACCUAUCAGGGUUGUAAAUGUGUAUACAUAAUGUAUUUAAAACCAAAGAUGUAAAAACAAUGCAGCUGGUUUAAAACGUGAUGCAGUUCCUGCAAUAAACUGCAGAUCUCUGCAACUUCAAGAGA